AUGGAGAACGUGACGGUCAAGAUGGACGACGUCAAGCUAGAUGAAUGCGCUGUACCCGUUAAAAAGAUGGCGCGUCGUGAUCAUUUGAUCGAAAUUGAGCAUGAAAUUAUCAACAAAUGGGACGCUGAAAAGCUUUUCGAAUCGGACCCCGAUCCCAGCAAGCCAAAGUACAUGGUCUCGUUUCCCUACCCGUACAUGAAUGGCUAUCUGCACGUGGGCCACCUGUUUACGCUAUUGAAAGUCGAGUUUGCAGCGCGCUACCAUCGUCUCAAAGGUGAGAACGUCAUAUUCCCGUUUUCUUUCCAUUGCACUGGGAUGCCCAUUCAGGCUGCCGCCAACAAGCUUAAGCGUGAGCUCGAACAGUACGGAAAUCCACCAGAUUUCUCGCGCGAUCAUCGUGAAGAAGUCAAACCUAAGGAAAAUAACGAGAAUCUGUUAAAUAAGGCUCAUGGAAAGAAGUCCAAAGCUGCAGCCAAGACGGGUGGUGUUGUGCACCAGUACGACAUUCUAAAGAUGUCGCACAUUCCCGAGGAUGAAAUCCCCAAAUUUCAAGAUCCGUUGUACUGGCUUCAGUAUUUUCCACCGCAUGCCGUGGCAGAUCUCAAGCGCUUUGGUAUGAAUAUUGACUGGCGUCGCUCUUUCAUCACUACGGAUGUAAAUCCUUUUUACGAUGCCUUUGUCACCUGGCAGCUCAACAAACUCAAUGAACACAAGCGUAUUGUUCGUGGCAAACGUCCCAACGUCUUUUCGAUUAUUGAUGGACAGAGUUGUGCAGAUCACGACCGUGCGUCUGGAGAAGGAGUAGGCCCCCAGGAAUACACGCUCGCCAAGCUUUGCGUGCAAGAACCAUUGCCCGAAAAACUGUCAGCUCUAUCUGGCAAGAAGGUCUACUUGGCCGCAGCCACACUUCGUCCUGAAACGCUGUAUGGCCAAACCAACUGUUUUGUGCUUCCCGAAGGCGACUACGGUGCCUUCCUGAUUAAUGACAAUGACGUAUUCAUCAUGAGCCACCGUGCGGCACGAAACUUGGCACACCAAGAGUUUUCACGUGUUUGGGGAAAGGAAGAGUGUUUAAUCGAGUUGAAAGGCUGGGAUCUGCUUGGUCUGCCGCUUACCGCACCUAACGCACCAUACGACACAAUCUACACUCUGCCGCUGCUCACGAUCUCGAUGGGUAAAGGUACAGGUGUGGUGAUGAGUGUUCCGUCCGACUCACCCGAUGACUUUGCAGCAUUUCGGGACUUAAAGCAAAAACCAGCGCUACGUGAAAAGUUUGGCAUUGAGGAUCACAUGGUGUUACCGUACGAACCUGUUCCUAUUAUUGAGAUUCCCGGCUUUGGAGAAAUGGCGGCUGAAAAGGUCUGCAAUGACCUCAAGAUCGUCUCGCAGAAUGACAAGGAUAAAUUGGCGAAGGCUAAAGAACUUGUUUACCUUAAAGGUUUCUAUGAAGGUGUGCUUCUUGUAGGUUCGCAAAAGGGCCAGAAAGUGUGCGAUGCCAAGGCUGUGAUGCGCCAGGAGUUGUUAGAUGGAGGACACGCCAUUUCAUACUGGGAAACUGAAUCGCUGGUCAUGUCACGCAGUGGAGACGAGUGCGUCGUUGCGCAUCUGGACCAAUGGUACUUAACAUACGGUGCAGAAGACUGGAAGAAUCGAGUGUUGGACCAUAUUAGUGAUCCUGAGAAAUUUAACGCCUAUAAUCCGGUAGCAUUAGGCGAAUACAAGUCGACCCUUGGAUGGCUGAAGGAGUGGGCCCCUUGCCGUCAGUCUGGUCUUGGCACGCGUUUGCCGUGGGACCCUGACUUUGUUGUCGAGUCACUGACUGACUCGACAAUAUACCCGGCUUACUACACUAUUGCGCACCAUUUGCAAGCUAAUUUAGACGGCUCCAAGUUGGGACCACAUGGCAUUAAGCCUGAGCAGAUGACGAAAGAGGUUCUUGAUUACAUUUUCUUGAAGGGUUCCCCGCCGAGCAGCUCUACGAUUCCGCUUACUGUGCUUAAGCAGAUUCGCGACGAGUUUGAGUACUGGUAUCCCAUUGAUGUCCGCGCUUCUGGGAAGGAUUUGAUUCGCAAUCACCUGACAAUGUGUUUGUACAAUCACGUGGAGAUUUGGCGGGAUGAUCCAUCUAAGUGGCCGCGUGGCUUCUUUACGAACGGUCAUGUUCAAGUGGACGGCAAGAAAAUGUCGAAAUCAAUGGGCAAUUUCCUCACGCUUAAGGAUUGCGCUGUCGAGUUUGGUGCUGACGCUACCCGUUUCGCUUGCGCUGACGCCGGUGAUGGAAUGGAUGAUGCCAAUUAUGCACUUGACACGUGCCGCAUGGCUAUCUUGCGUCUAACUACUGAAGAAGAAUGGAUCAAACGUAUCUUGGUGGAAAAGGAUUUAUUACGCAAAGGUGAGCUUAACUUUAAUGAUAAGGUCUUUUUGAACCAGAUGAACAACCUGAUCAGAACGACGGCUUCAUUCUACGAGCGCCUCCAGUGGCGUGAAGGUCUCCACUCGGGAUUUUUUGAAUACCAAAUUGCCCGUGACUCGUACCGCGACAUUUGUGCUCGUAGCGAGGUGCCAAUGCACCAUGAUGUUAUCAUGCGAUUUAUUGAGUCACAGCUUGUUAUUUUAUCUCCAAUCUGUCCUCACUUUUGCGAGUACAUGUGGACAGCUAUUGGCAAACAAGGGUUUGUGUCGGUGGCUCCUUGGCCGAAGACUGAGGAAGUUGAUCAUGGGCUUUUGCGUGCUGGCGACUUUUUGAACAAGGUAACUCGAAGCUUUCGUGAGACUCUCACGAAGACUAGCAGCAAAAAGGGGAAGAAAAGUGCUGCACCGCUUGAGCCGGUCAAGAAGCCGACUCACGCCCACGUGUAUUUGACAUUGGAAUUUCCUGAAUGGCAGCAGAAAGUUCUUGUUUUUAUGGACGGUCUAUUUGAUGACUCUACGAAGCAGUUUUCUGCUGACUUUAUGAAGCAGCUUAAGAGUGAAUUGGCCAAGGACGAGUCGUUGAAAAAGUUAACGAAGAACGUGAUGCAGUUUGCUGCUUUUGUCAAGGCAGAGGCUGAAUUGCGUGGCCGUGAGGCUUUAGAAUUAAGGAUGCCAUACGAUCAACAGAGUGUACUCGCCUCCAACAAGUUAUACCUCUGCCGAUCGCUAGACCUACAGGACAUUGAGUUCUUCUACGUUGGUGAAAAGGUUGCAAAUGCGAACGAGAAGAGGAUGGAAACGGCGUCUCCAGGCAAGCCAGCCAUCUUCGUCUACGCCAAAUAA